AUCAAACCGUUUAGAAUAUUACGAAACGUAGAGUGAUUAACAAUAUAUACUCGUAAACUCCGUAUAUACUAUCGUAACAUACAUAAAUGGUAACCAAAUAGGUGAAAUUUGGAUGGGAUGAAUUAUAAGUAAAUGAGUGAGAUUUGGGUCCGAAUAUAGAAGUAUAAAAGCAUGAAGUCGGCAGGUGGUGUAACAAUGUUAGAGCAUCGAUCAGGAGACAGAACAUCCUCGGAUAUCCCACACGUGUCCAACUGAGUUACACAGAAAACGUCAAAAUAUGACGUGCGAAAAACUCAGCUCCAAUACUACGUGUCACUCAUUCCACGCCACUUAGCAAAGUCCACUCAGCGACAUGUACAUUUAAAAACACCAAACCCACUUAUGUAAGUCUACGAAUAAUUACGAACCAAACCCAAUAAAUAUUUGGUAAGUCCAUAUAAUCUCUUACAUGCAAAAAAAAAAAAAAAAAAAACUAUAGCUCAAAAUGACAACCAUGGUAAGAUCAAUCGACCCGUUGGUGGUCGGACGGGUAAUCGGAGAUGUGCUCGACAUGUUUGUUCCGAUGGUCGAUUUUCGGGUUCAGUAUGGUACUAAACACAUUUUUAAUGGUUGCGAAAUCAAACCUUCACUUGCUACUGAUAGACCUCUUGUUCAUAUUUCGGGUCUUCCUUCCACGGACAAUCUUUAUACCAUUAUCAUGAUAGAUCCGGAUGCUCCAAGUCCUAGUGAGCCCAAGAUGAAAGAAUGGCUUCAUUGGAUUGUUGUUGAUAUUCCUCAAGGAAUGGAUGCUUCCAAAGGAAGAGAGUUGGUAGAGUACAUGGGCCCGAAACCGCCAACCGGAAUACACCGGUAUGUAUUUGUGUUGUUCAGACAGAAAGGAGCAAUCGCAAAGCAGUGGCAACUGCCAAGUGCACGUAACAACUUCAGCACCCGGAGUUUUGCUGCGUAUAACGGGCUUGGUUUACCGGUUGCUGCCGUUUAUUUCAACUCCCAGAAAGAGGCUGCCAAUAAAAAACUUAGGACUUGAUUCUGCGUUUUGCUAGGGAUAAUUAUGUAAUUGUAGUAUGUGAGCGGUGUGAAUAUUAUUGUUUUUAGUUUGCUUUUAUUUCCUGUCUGUGUUUAAAGUCUUUCUCAAUUAUUGCAAUACACGAAGUAAUAAUUAGUAGUGUUACUGUGUUAGUGUGAUGUAUAAUAUGGUUUUGUACCACGCACGCUGCACGUACGUAAUUAAGUAAAUUGUAGAUAUAUUGUGGUAGUGGUUGUAACCGAAUAUCAGCGAUGAUA